CUUUCAGUCACAUCUUAAUUAAAUGAAAAGGGAUGAUAGACCAGGCUGUUCGCACGUACACAACACACACACACACACUAGUCUGCUAGUUGUCUGGGGGAUAGGGUUAGGAUGUGGUCAGACUUCCAGACACAGGGAAUGUUACCAUCUGUGUUUACUCAGGGAAUGUUACCCUCUGUGUUUACUCAGGGAAUGUUACCUUCUGUGUUUACUCAGGGAAUGUUACCCUCUGUGUUUAAUCAGGGAAUGUUACCCUCUGUGUUUACUCAGGGAAUGUUACCCCGUGUUUACUCAGGGAAUGUUACCCCCUGUGUUUACUCAGGGAAUGUUACCCUCUGUGUUUACUCAGGGAAUGUUACCCUCUGUGUUUACUCAGGGAAUGUUACCCCCUGUGUUUACUCAGGGAAUGUUACCCUCUGUGUUUACCCAGGGAAUGUUACCGUCUGUGUUUACUCAGGGAAUGUUACCCUCUGUGUUUACUCAGGGAAUGUUACCCUCUGUGUUUACUCAGGGAAUGUUACCAUCUGUGUUUACUCAGGGAAUGUUACCGUCUGUGUUUACUCAGGGAAUAUUACCCUCUGUGUUUACUCAGGGAAUGUUACCCUCUGUGUUUACCCAGGGAAUGUUACCAUCUGUGUUUACUCAGGGAAUGUUACCCUCUGUGUUUACCCAGGGAAUGUUACCGUCUGUGUUUACUCAGGGAAUGUUACCCUCUGUGUUUACUCAGGGAAUGUUACCAUCUGUGUUUACUCAGGGAAUGUUACCCUCUGUGUUUACCCAGGGAAUGUUACCGUCUGUGUUUACUCAGGGAAUGUUACCCUCUGUGUUUACUCAGGGAAUGUUACCCUCUGUGUUUACUCAGGGAAUGUUACCGUCUGUGUUUACUCAGGGAAUGUUACCAUCUGUGUUUACUCAGGGAAUGUUACCCUCUGUGUUUACUCAGGGAAUGUUACCCUCUGUGUUUACUCAGGGAAUAUUACCCUCUGUGUUUACUCAGGGAAUAUUACCCUCUGUGUUUACUCAGGGAAUGUUACCCUCUGUGUUUACUCAGGGAAUGUUACCCUCUGUGUUUACUCAGGGAAUGUUACCCUCUGUGUUUACUCAGGGAAUAUUACCCUCUGUGUUUUCUCAGGGAAUGUUACCGUCUGUGUUUACUCAGGGAAUGUUACCCUCUGUGUUUACUCAGGGAAUGUUACCCUCUGUGUUUACUCAGGGAAGCUGAAGUCAUCUAUAGUCAUAAAUGUGACUGGCUGUAUGUCUGUUAGAAUUCUAAUAUCCUUCUUUACUCUAUAGAAACAGCCUCUGUUUGGUUUAAGCUCUGUGAAGCUUCAUGGAGUUAGACCUUUGGUGUUGUUCUAGAAGUGUCAGUGUGAAGUCUCAGUGUGUUCCAGACUGCAUGGGUUCUAGACUAGAGUAUGGCUCCGCCAGGGUUCCAUGUGUGCUGAUCUAUUUCUGGAUGCAAGGAAAGGAGUUACGUAAGACCUGACUAUUCUUUCUUUCACUCUGUCAUCUCUUCAUCUCCUUCUCUUUCCUUUCCUCUGCACAUUUUCCUGCCUGUGAGUCAAGGCACUCUCAACCUCCGCUCUGUCAGACCUAACUGUGUUUGUGUGUGCAUGCGUACGUGUGCUUGUGUUUAAAGUGGACUGUUUAUCCCACAUGUUGUCUGGGUGUAGCCUUGUGAAACCAGCCUGAGUUCGCAAUAGCUCACAUUCUGAAACAAAACGUGUGUCUGCUUGACCAGGCUAGUGUGAGUGGACCCUGGUCUAUACAGAUGUAGAGAGAGGGUGUUGACAUGGUGAUAAGGGAUGUGAAGGCUGUGAUAAAAACGGUUGAAUAGCUCCCCCAACAGGUCUGUCCUGCCUGCCACAGACAGCAGACAAUAGAGAGGGGAGGGAAUGCUAUGCCAGGCAUUCCUGAUAGACAUGACAAAAAGUCCUACCAAAAUAUACAGAAUACGCGGUACCCACCCUCGCGCUCUCUUCUGCCCUUCCUCUCUCUUUCUCAAAGGUCUACAGUGGGGUUUGGUCUGAGAGAGGUUGAGACAGAGAAGGUGUCAGAGGGAGAGAGGUUACCCUCUGUGUGUCUUUGUGGGUUCUCCAUCUUGCUGAUCACGUCUGAGCAGAAGAGAGCAGAGUAAAGACAUGAAAUUAGAGAUAAAAGAGAAGCUGUCAACUGUUUCCUCUCUCUAUCCAUCCCUCGCUCCGCUCUUCCACAGUGCUCAACUGGGUACUGGACUCCCUGACGGGCCGCCCCCAGGUGGUGAGGGUAGGCAACAACAUCUCCACCCCGCUGAUCCUCAACACUGGGGCCCCACAAGGGUGCGUUCUGAGCCCUCUCCUGUACUCCCUGUUCACCCACGACUGCGUGGCCACGCACGCCUCCAACUCAAUCAUCAAGGUUGCGGACGACACAACAAUGGUAGGCUAAAUCACCAACAACGACGAGACGGCCUACAGGGUGGAGGUGAGGGCCCUCGGAGUGUGGUGUCAGGAAAAUAACCUCACACUCAACGUCAACAAAAUGAAGGAGAUGAUUGUGGACUUCAGGAAACAGCAGAGGGAACACCCCCAUAUCCACAUCGAUGGAACAGUAGUGGAGAGGGUAGCAAGUUUUAAGUUCCUCAGCAUACACAUCACAGACAAACUGAAUUGGUCCACUCACACAGACAGCAUCGUGAAGAAGGCGCAGCAGCGCCUCUUCAACCUCAGGAGGCUGAAGAAAUUCGGCUUGUCACCAAAAGCACUCACAAACUUCUACAGAUGCACAAUCGAGAGCAUCCUGGCGGGCUGUAUCACUGCCUGGUACGGCAACUGCUCCGCCCACAACCGUAAGGCACUCCAGAGGGUAGUGAGGUCUGCACAACGCAUCACCGGGGGCAAACUACCUGCCCUCCAGGACACCUACACCACCCGAUGUUACAGGAAGGCCAUAAAGAUAAUCAAGGACAACAACCACCCGAGCCACUGCCUGUUCACCCCGCUAUCAUCCAGAAGGCGAGGUCAGUACAGGUGCAUCAAAGCUGGGGCCGAGAGACUGAAAAACAGCUUCUAUCUCAAGGCCAUCAGACUGUUAAACAGCCACCACUAACAUUGAGUGGCUGCUGCCAACACACUGACACUGACACUGACUCAACUCCAGCCACUUUAAUAAUGGGAAUUGAUGGGAAAUUAUGUAAAUAUAUCACUAGCCACUUAUUCUCGGGCCGACUCUUUUCUCUGUAUAUAUCAAUGAUGUUGCUCUUGCUGCGGGCGAUUCCCUGUGGCCUAUUAUUAUAUUAUAUUAUAUUAUAUUAUAUUACUUUCGGCCCGUCAUUGGACACUGUGCUAUCAAAUCUCCAAACGAGCUUCAAUGCCAUACAGCACUCCUUCCGUGGCCUCCAACUGCUCUUAAACGCGAGUAAAACCAAAUGCAUGCUUUUCAACCGAUCGCUGUCUGCACCCGCAUGCCCGACUAGCAUCACCACCCUGGAUGGAUCCGACCUUGAAUAUGUGGACAUCUAUAAGUACCUAGGUGUCUGGCUAGACUGCAAACUCUCCUUCCAGACUCACAUCAAACAUCUCCAAUCAAAAAUCAAAUCAAGAGUCGGCUUUCUAUUCCGCAACAAAGCCUCCUUCACUCACGCUGCCAAGCUUACCCUAGUAAAACUGACUAUCCUACCGAUCCUCGACUUCGGCGAUGUCAUCUACAAAAUGGCUUCCAACACUCUACUCAGCAAACUGGAUGCAGUCUAUCACAGUGCCAUCCGUUUUGUCACUAAAGCACCUUAUACCACCCACCACUGCGACUUGUAUGCUCUAGUCGGCUGGCCCUCACUACAUAUCCGUCGCCAGACCCACUGGCUCCAGGUCAUCUACAAGUCCAUGCUAGGUAAAGCUCCGCCUUAUCUCAGUUCACUGGUCACGAUGGCAACACCCAUCCGUAGCACGCGCUCCAGCAGGUGUAUCUCACUGAUCAUCCCUAAAGCCAACACCUCAUUUGGCCGCCUUUCGUUCCAGUACUCUGCUGCCUGUGACUGGUUGGAGACUUUUAUCUCCCUCUUUUAUCUCCCUCACCAACUUCAAACAUCAGCUAUCCGAGCAGCUAACCGAUCGCUGCAGCUGUACAUAGUCUAUAGGUAAAUAGCUCACCCAUUUUCACCUACCUCAUUCCCAUACUGUUUUUAUACUGUUUUUAUUUAUUUACUUUCCUGCUCUUUUGCACACCAAUAUCUCUACCUGUACAUGACCAUCUGAUCAUUUAUCACUCCAGUGUUAAUCUGCAAAAUUGUAUUAUUCGCCUACCUCCUCAUGCCUUUUGCACACAUUGUAUAUAGACUGCCCAUUUUUUUUCUACUGUGUUAUUGACUUGCUAAUUGUUUACUCCAUGUGUAACUCUGUGUUGUCUGUUCACACUGCUAUGCUUUAUCUUGGCCAGGUCGCAGUUGCAAAUGAGAACUUGUUCUCAACUAGCCUACCUGGUUAAAUAAAGGUGAAAUAAAAAAAUAAAAAAAUUGUAGGAUUCAAAAUCUCACGAUACAUGGCCCCAUUCAUUCUUUCCUUUACACGGAUCAGUCAUCCUGGUCCCUUUGCAGAAAAACAGCCCCAAAGCAUGAUAUUUCCACCCCCAUGCUUCACAGUAGGUAUGGUGUUCUUUGGAUGCAACUCAGCAUUCUUUGUCCUCCAAACACAACAGGUUGAGUUUUUACCAAAAAGUUAUAUUUUGGUUUCAUCUGACCAAAUGACAUUCUCCCAAUCUUCUUCUGGUUCAUCCAAAUGCUCUCUAGCAAACUUCAGAUGGGCAUGGACGUGUACUGGCUUAAGCAGGGGGACACAUCUGGCACUGCAGGAUUUGAGUCCCUGGCGGCGUAGUGUGUUACUGAUGGUAGGCUUUGUUACUUUGGUCCCAGCUCUCUGCAGGUCAUUCACUAGGUCCCCCCGUGUGGUUCUGGGAUUUUUGCUCACCGUUCUUAUGAUCAUUUUGACCCCACGGGGUGAGAUCUUGCGUGGAGCCCCAGAUCGAGGAAGAUUAUCAGUGGUCUUGUAUGUCUUCCAUUUCCUAAUAAUUGCUCCCACAGUUGAUUUCUUCAAACCAAGCUGCUUACCUAUUGCAGAUUCAGUCUUGCCAGCCUGGUGCAGGUCUACAAUUUUGUUUCUGGUGUCCUUUGACAGCUCUUUGGUCUUGGCCAUAGUGGAGUUUGGAGUGUGACUGUUUGAGGCUGGGAAGACUGAAUCUGCAAUAGGUAAGCAGCUUGGUUUGAAGAAAUCAACUGUGGGAGCAAUUAUUAGGAAAUGGAAGACAUACAAGACCACUGAUAAUAUCCCUCAAUCUGGGGCUCCACGCAAGAUCUCACCCCGUGGGGUCAAAAUGAUCACAAGAAUGGUGAGCAAAAAUCCCAGAACCACACGGGGGGACCUAGUGAAUGACCAAGGUAACAAAGCCCUACCAUCAGUAACACACUACGCCGCCAGGGACUAAAAUCCUGCAGUGCCAGACGUGUCCCCCUGCUUAAGCCAGUACAUGUCCAGGCCCAUCUGAAGUUUGCUAGAGAGCAUUUGGAUGAUCCAGAAGAAGAUUGGGAGAAUGUCAUAUGGUCAGAUGAAACCAAAAUAUAACUUUUUGGUAAAAACUCAACUCGUCGUGUUUGGAGGACAAAGAAUGCUGAGUUGCAUCCAAAGAACACCAAACCUACUGUGAAGCAUGGGGGUGGAAACAUCAUGCUUUGGGGCUAUAUGGGGUUACUGGGCUUAGUAGAGAAUGUGUGUGCGUUGCCUGUGGUGGGGGGUCAUAAAAGCACAUUCAACCAAGUUUAAAAACAGAUGGAACUGAUGUAUCAUACCAUAUGACUCUAUGAUGCAGUUGUGUAUCUGUAACCAGUCAUAUAUAAAUAA